UUGAGAUUGCACCAUUGCACUCUAGCCUGGGCGACAGAAUGAGACUCCAUCUCAAAUAAUUAUAAUAAUAAUAAUUAAUUAAGGUGGCAGCCAGUCACAUUUCCAUUGCUUUACCGAGAGAGGCGGGGCCUCCCAGGAUGCAGCCGUGCACAGCCUGGGCGACGGGUGCCCGCGCAGACCUGGCUCUGUUGACUCCCUGGCCCCCGUCGGGUUCCCUGUCUUGCUUCGACUUCGUGGGAGCACAAGUCCAUGUGCUCCUGUUAAAGCCAUCGCCUCCUGUCCGCGGGCUUGCACCCAGCUGAAAGAUUCUUCAAAGAAACUGUUUGCAUCUGUUUUAAGCCUGUCUCCUUGGGAACCUGCAGUUCUCAGAGCCCACUGGCUUGAAGGCAGAUGCCUUUCACGGAGGCGGCAGGAAGAGCCCUGCAUCCAGCCAGGGCCAAAGAAGGAAAACCACUCAGCGGGAGAGCUGGGGGGACAAGACACGAGACAGACCCACGGAGCCACCUCCACCCUCCCCUGCGGCCAGGAGGGAGACUGCAGGGCCUCGCCGUCUCCGGAGCCACCUCCACCCUCCCCUGCGGCCAGGAGGGAGACUGCGGGGCCUCGCCGUCUCCGGAUGGGUUGCUUGUGGAGGAAGACCUUGUUUUUCUUUCUUGUGUUUGUGACUGUGCGUCUACAUGGGGCUUCAUCGCAAGAAGCCGCCCCAGCGGGGCCCAGGAAACCGUUUUUCGAGAGGCUUCGUAGACUGGAGGAGCAGUUCCGGAGAUUCCAGGAGGUGACCUUGACGCACCUGCAGGGCAUUGCCAGCAACUACAACGUGUCCUACAACGUUGAUGUCCGGUUCCGGAGCCUGGCGGAAGAGAGCCAGGCCGUGGCUCAGGCGGUCAACCGGUCACAGGCCUCGCUGCAGGGGGAGCUGGUGCAGCUCAAGGCCUGGGUGAGGAAGCUGCAGCGCCAAAGCCAGAAGGUAGACAUGCGGCUGCGGGCCUUGGACCUCGCCUUGGGCGAGAGGAGCCAGCAGCAGGCCCGGGAGAGGAAGGCGCACGAGGCCCAGGAGGACGCCCUGCGGGACUCACUGGCACGCCUGGAGGACCUCGUCCACAGUCAGGGCACCAGGCUGGCUGCUCUGGAGCAGUGGCUGCCCGUGGCCCACCCUGGCACCACAGCCUUGGGGCCGGCCCUGGUCCCAGCCCCAACCCAGCCUGAUCUGCUGGGCCCGAGCUCCCUGAAGCUUCAGAGGGACAGGCAGGAGCUCCGAGCUGCAUCCGAGCACCGGGGCCCCCGGCAGGACUCCUCGGCCCCUCUCCAGGGGACUCGGGAGCCCCCAGCCUCAGGCAGCUAUCGGGUACUCAAUGGGACUGCCACGGCCCCAAAAGAUCCUCCACAGCAGGCAUGGUCCCCCCGGGGGCCAGGAGAGAUUUGCGGCGUGGGCCCCACCCUCGUUUUUCCGAACGCCUCCACCAAGAAUGUCGUCUUCCUCAGCCCCGGCUUCGUCACUGCGCUGCGAGCCAUGUCCUUCUGCAGCUGGGUCCGCACGGCGUCAGGCCGCCUGGGCACCCUCCUGUCCUACGCCACCGAGGACAAUGACAACAAGCUGGUGCUGCACGGCCGAGACUCCCUGCUGCCCGGAGCCAUCCACUUCGUGAUCGGGGAUCCGGCCUUCAGGGAGUUGCCCCUGCAGCCGCUGCUGGAUGGCCAGUGGCACCAUGUCUGUGUCAUCUGGACGUCCACCCAGGGCAGGUACUGGCUCCACGUGGAUCGCAGGCUGGUGGCCACCGGCUCCCGCUUCAGGGAGGGCUAUGAGAUCCCCCCUGGAGGGUCCCUGGUGCUGGGCCAGGAGCAAGACAGCGUGGGGGGCGGGUUCGACAGCUCCGAGGCCUUUGUGGGAAGCAUGUCUGGCUUAGCUAUCUGGGAUCGGGCGCUGGUUCCCAGGGAAAUUGCAAACCUUGCCAUUGGGAAGGAGUUCCCAACAGGUGCCAUCCUGACGCUGGCCAAUGCUGCACUGGCAGGCGGAUUCGUGCAGAGGGCCAACUGCACCUGUCUGGAGCGCUGUCCCUGAGGCCACGCUGCACAGGGGCUGAGGCCAGCAAGAGGAGCGUGUUCCCAUCCACAUUCCACCAUCGCCCCCCUCCCCCAGCACAUUCUACAAAGGCCAUCCCACCCGCCCUGGCUGUGCAUACCUGUGCCCUCACGUAGGGGUGCCUGUUCCAUCCUGGGGGGUGGGGAGGUGGACAGGGAGCAAGCAGGGACAGAGCAAGCCUGGGGUCAAGGUGGCCCACAAGCCCAUGUUUCAUCCAUCACCAUGGAGUUCUUACUUCUGCACUUUCUUCUUUUUUUUUUUUUUGAGAUGGAGUCUCACUCUG